UGGAAAUAAAAGUUCCGGCUUUGUGUGUAGGAAGAGACUUGUUGCACGAUUGUUCUUCAUUUAGCGGAGAAUUGUGUAUCCGUGCGCUGCUCCCUCCGUUCUGCGGCCACAUCCGGGUUCACCCCCGACCAGACAGGUGAUAGAAGUAUGGUGGUCACCUUUUUCUUUUACAUUUCCUUGAAGACGUGAAGAAGACCUUUCACUGCCGGCAGCAGCCGCCCCUCGUCAUGCUGACGGUGGAUGGACCGGUUGUGUAUUGACUGUUUGGAGUCUUAACCUCUGGAACACAGAUCCCUGGUUAGGAAACAAGAUGGAUUCCUGCGGACCUUGCAGCUUCAUCCAUUCAGCGCUGGUCCUCUCCCUGUUACUCUUCUUAUCGCCAGGACCGGCACAUGGCGAGCGAAUACCUGUAGGUCAUCCGCGGGAUAACUCUGGAGAACACGCAAACCUGGACUCCAUGUUGUCAGAAUACGAAGUAAUCUCGUUGUCUGGAAUCCAGCAGCACUCCAUCCGGAAGCGGGAUCUAGAGACGCAGUCUCAUGUGGAGAGAAUGGUGGACUUCACUGCCCUGCACAGGCAUUUUAAGUUGUACCUAACCUCCGAUGCAGAUCAUCUGUCUGAAAAUUUAAAAGCCGUAAUACUGGAUGGAAACGGCAAAGGAAAAAAUUAUCCUAUCAAGCGCUCCGACUUCUUCACUGGACAUGUAGUUGGGGAGCACAAUUCAAAGGUUAUUGCGCACAUUGGUGAUGGCGAUUUUACAGCACGGAUCACAACAGAUGGGGAGGAAUAUAACGUUGAGCCUCUGUGGAGAUUUACUGGGAACACCUCGAGAGAUAAUCUGCUGGUCUACCGGGCUGAAGACAUCAGAGAAGUGUCCCGUCUCCAGUCCUCCAAAGUGUGUGGAUACGUCCAGCCAGAGCAGGAUCUCUUCAGAAACCAGGAGGAAUCUGGAGAAGCAUCCAGAGAUCCUGAACAUUUUCACCGAGAGAAAAGACAAAGACCUCCCCCAGAUCCCACUAAGAACACGUGUAAGAUGCUCGUGGUGGCCGAUCAUCGCUUCUACAAGUACAUGGGUCGUAAGGAAGAAAGCACAACCAUUAAUUAUUUGAUUGAGCUCAUUGACCGAGUGGAUGACAUAUACAGGAACACGUCCUGGGACUCUCAGUGGAAGGGGUAUGGAGUCCAAAUAGAACAGAUCAUUGUUCACAAGGAACCAGAGAAUGUGACCGGUUCAACACUGCACUAUAACAUGGCAAAGAAUCAUCCAAACGAGAACAAAGAUGCCUGGGACGUGAAGCUCCUGCUGGAGCAAUUCAGCCAUGACAUAUCCGAAAAGGCUUCCACUGUCUGCCUGGCUCAUCUCUUCACCUAUCAGGACUUUGACAUGGGCACUCUAGGACUUGCUUACGUUGGAUCCCACAAGCCAAACACCCACGGUGGAAUCUGUCCUAAAGCUUACAGAAGUGAAUCGUCGCAGAAACCUAUUUACUUGAACACGGGUCUGACCAGUACAAAAAACUAUGGAAAAACCAUCCUUACAAAGGAAGCUGACCUGGUGACUACUCAUGAGUUGGGUCACAACUUUGGAUCUGAACAUGACCCUGACAGCAUGGAAGACUGUGCGCCUAGUGAGGACCGUGGGGGCAAAUAUGUGAUGUACCCCAUAGCUGUAAGCGGAGACCAUCACAACAAUAAGAUGUUCUCCAUUUGCAGCAGAGAGUCAAUCCUGCGCACACUGAUGAGCAAAGCUUCUCUCUGCUUCAAAGAGCGCAACAACAAGGUCUGCGGCAACUCCAGAGUGGACGAGGGGGAAGACUGCGACCCAGGCCUGCUGCAUCAGCAUGUUGACCCCUGCUGUACCUCCGAUUGCAAGUUUAAGAAUAAGGCAAAAUGCAGUGACCGCAACAGUCCCUGCUGCAAGUAUUGCCAGUUUGAAACUGCACAAAAGAAAUGCCAGGAAGCUAUAAAUGCCACCUGCAAAGGGGAGUCAUACUGCACAGGAAACAGUAGCGAGUGUCCUGCCCCCGGAAACGCAGCCGAUGAAACGGUCUGUGUAGAUCUGGGAAAGUGUUUGAAUGGGGAAUGUCGUCCAUUCUGUGAGAUAGAACUGAACCUCAAGUCCUGUGCCUGCAAUGAAACCGAGCAUUCGUGUAAAGUCUGCUGCCGGGACCCCAAUGGGAUCUGCAGUCCGUACAUGGACACCUCCAAGAACUACCGCUUAUUGCGUAAAGGAAAGCCAUGCACUGUGGGCUUUUGUGAUGGCAAUGGAAAAUGUGAGAAACAAGUGCAAGAUGUCAUCGAGAGGAUCUGGGAUUUCAUCGAUAAACUAAGCAUCAAUAUGCUGGGCAAGUUCUUGGCAGACAACAUUGUAGGAUCGGUCAUUGUCUUUUCUUUGCUCUUCUGGAUUCCUCUCAGUAUUCUUGUCCACUGUGUGGAUAAGAAGCUGGACAAGCAGUAUGAAGAAAAUGCCAAAUCCUUGUUCUUGCCAAGUAAUGUGGAAAUGCUGAGCAGUAUGGACUCAGCCCCUGUACGUAUUGUCAAACCUUUCCCAUCUUCCCAAACCAACACCCGAUUCCAGCCCUUGCAACAAGUGCCAGUAGCUCCAAGCUCAGCCAAGGCUGACCACCAGAGGAUGGAUACCAUCCAGGAAGACCCUAGCACAGACUCGCACCUUGAAGACCAGUUUGAUGAUGACCCCUUCCCCAACAGCGGUUCUCCCGCCAAGUCUUUUGAGGACCUGACCGACCACCCAGUCACCAGGAGCGAGAAGGCCUCUUCAUUUAAACUUCAGCGCCAAGGAAGAGUGGACAGCAAGGAGACCCAGUGCUGAUACUUCCCGCAUGGACAGUCAUUUAGAUGUCUCAAGACAGCUUACAAGGAAUCCCUGAAUUGUGUACUGUUCUCUGAAGUUGCCAGAUGUUGUAUAUAUUUAAUAUUUUCUGCCAAGUGUUGUUUUGUACACCCCACACAUGUUCUUAAAGGGAAACCUUUCUAUUUAUGAUUAAAACAGCUUUACACUG